UUCUUCAAAUUUCUUUUGUCCAAAACAGGAAGCAAAAGCAAAAAUGGCGGGAACUGAUCCACCAAAAAAUCUCAUUUCUCUAAUCCGCGACUUCGCUUCUGAGAAAUCUCAAGGAGAGAGAAGAGUGGUUGGAUUGAAGAAGCAAAUCGAAGAUCUCCGAUCGGAGCUUGAAGCAGCGAAUGCAGAGCAUGAAGAAGCGAAACGUUUAAAAGAAACAACUGAGCAGGAGCUUAAAGGAUUUGAAUUUGAAUUAGCGUUGAACAAAGCUUCGGUUCAAGCCCUAGAGGCGAGGAUUUCUCACAUUCAAGAUGAAAUAUCCACCGUUGGAUCUGAAGUAGAGGAGCUUAAGAAUAAAGAAGCAGCAUUAAGAGAUGAGUUCAUCAGUCAAAUGGUUGAGUUCAACACUAAGAUAAGGAAAUUCCAAGAGACAAUAGAUUCUGGUUUCCAGAACAAGAACACUGUUGGUAAUGCAGCAGAAGAAGGCCAUAAAUUUGUAAAGAAGGAAGUUACUGAAAUUGCUUCACGAACUAUUGAGGAUCAGGUUGCCCACAUUCUCUCUCAAAUAGCUAAAGAGGAGGAAGAAUACCUUGCACAACAGAAUAUCCAAAAGCAGUUUCAGCUGGAGUUGAUUGACACUGAAAGGAAGGUGUGUCUGAUGGAGGCAAUGAUGCAAGAAACAAAAGCAUUGGAGGACUUGACAGGAUAUCCUAAUCACAUUUGCAUUUGGAACUACACAUUGAAGUUUCAUUAAUUAAACAUAAAGUCUUGACAAAAAAAAGUUUGAUGGGAAAAAAAAAAUUUCUUGUGCAUAUUUUGCUAAUAAAUCAUACAUUAAUUAUCUCAGAGCAUUUUUUACAUGUGACAAACCCAUCUAAACAAAAGUCGAGUUGAUUACUUCAAAUACCAGUAAGUUGUUUUCUUGGCUAGUUAAUUCUAUAUUUCAUUAUCAAGAAAAUGACGGGAAAGAACAAAAUUCUGGAAGCCAAUAACUACUAGAAGUUGAAAAAUUUUUUUGAGUUCUUAUAUUCUGAUUGCCUUAGAAAUCAAGGUUGGAUCUUUUUACUGCUGGAAAAUAUUAUAAUCUGAGCACCGUCUGGGUUAGCCAAAGAAGUAUAGAUUUGAAUAUUUAUGCUGGCUUUUAUUGUUUUUUUUUCCUUGGAGGUGCUGCUCCAGCUAACAUCUUUUGUGAUGAAAAACUAGUACUUGUAAAAUAUCUCCUUGACUGGAAACAAGCAGGCUUCUGAAAUGGAAAAGAUAUGUGCUUCCCUCAGCAAGGAGUUGCAGAAGAAGUGUAUAUGUCCUAGUUGUCAUUCAGUUAAUGUGGAGGCCUUGGGUGGAAUUCUUCAGUCAAAUGAGGCAAAUUGAUCUGUUGAAGUGGAGAUGAGCUUGAAUGAAAGUUCAAAAGGAGACAAACCCACGAAGUCUAGACAUAUAAUUCAAGCGAAAAUCCCAAGAGAUUGAAGAAUGAGUGAGGAACGAAGAAAGAAAGAUAAAAUGAGAGUCAAGGCUGGGAAGGAUGAGGAGAAAAAACUUCCUUUGCCAUGUAUAUUUGGCCAGAAAUGGUAAUAA